UGGGGUAGGUUAAUCAAAUUUUUUUUUUCUUGUUGUGUAAUGAUUGUUGUACAUGUUGAAAGUUCUAUUUUACGGUUGUUGACUAGUUAAGAACGGAUAUUGGAACGCAGAAAAUCCAAGUGAGCUGAAAAUUGUGAUUUGAGAAAAGAGUUGGAAAAGUGUGAUUAGUGACUUAAUAAAAAAAAAAAAACAAACGAAAAGAAAGAGAUCGUGAUGGUCUACACACUGAUUUUGGUGGUUCUGAUGAGCCUGCUUUCGGUGGUGUGUUAUCUGAAAGUUCUGUACGAGUGGCAUCGGAAGGUGCGGGUGCAUACAGUGAAGUCAUCGCGUUACACGAAAAAGUACCAACAAUUGGACGAGCAGCAGGUUGAUCUGCCGGUGGAAUAUCCUCAGGCACCGGGACCCUAUCCUUGGCCAGUGUUGGGUAGUGCGGCCAUAAUCGGACAGUAUCCGGCACCGUUCAUGGGAUUCUCGGCCCUGGCCAAGAAGUACGGCGAUGUGUACAGCAUCCGAAUUGGCCAGGGUCAGUGUCUGGUGGUGAGCAGCCUGGAGCUGAUCCGGGAGGUGCUGAACCAGAACGGGCGCUACUUCGGUGGCCGACCGGAUUUUCUGCGCUACCAUCAGCUGUUUGGUGGAGAUCGCAAUAAUUCGCUUGCUUUGUGCGAUUGGUCUUCCCUGCAGCAGAAGCGACGCAACCUUGCUCGCAAGCACUGCUCGCCAAGCGACGCCUCCAGCUACUAUCAGAAGAUGAGCGACGUCGGCGUUGCCGAGAUGCACUGCUUCAUGGACCAACUGACCGAGGUGGUCACUCCGGGCCAGGACUUCAAAGUGAAACCGCUCAUCAUGCAGGCCUGUGCCAACAUGUUCAGCAAGUACAUGUGUUCGGUUCGGUUCGAGUACGGGGACGCUGGUUUCCAGAAGAUGGUCCACAGCUUCGACGAGAUCUUCUACGAGAUCAACCAAGGCUACGCCAUCGACUUCAUGCCCUGGUUGGCUCCGUUCUACUUCCGUCACAUGAACAAACUGAGCAGCUGGUCCAACUACAUCCGUGGUUUCAUCCUGGAACGGAUCGUAAACGAGCGCGAGCAGAGCCUCAGCGAAGACGAACCCGAACGGGACUUCACCGAUGCCUUGCUGAAGAGCCUCCGCGAAGAUCCCUCCGUCACCCGGGACACCAUUAUGUACAUGCUGGAAGACUUCAUCGGCGGUCACUCGGCCAUCGGAAACCUGGUCAUGCUUGCCCUCGGCUACAUUGCCAAGAAUCCGGAAAUUGGCAUCCAAAUCCAGCAGGAAAUUGAUCACGUCACCGACAAAGGCCUACGGAACGUCACCCUCUACGACACCGAAAGCAUGCCCUACACCGUGGCCACCAUCUUCGAGGUGCUGCGAUACUCAUCGUCGCCCAUCGUUCCCCACGUAGCCACGGAAAACACCUGCAUCAGUGGCUACGGAGUUCCCACCGGCACUGUAGUCUUCAUCAACAACUACGACCUCAACACCAGUGACAAGUACUGGCAGUCGCCGGAACGUUUCGACCCGAAUCGAUUCAUCGAAAGCGCCACCCUAGCACAGAUUCGAUCGGACCUCGUCGGAUCCCCAACCGCCAGUGAAGACCUCAGCAGCAUAAUCAAACACAACAACAUCAACGCCACCAACGAAGACCAGAAGCAGAUCCUGCGCGUGAAGAAGAACAUCCCACAUUUCCUGCCGUUCAGCAUCGGCAAGCGAACCUGCAUCGGUCAGAACCUGGUCCGGGGCUUCAGCUUCAUCAUGCUGGCCAACAUUCUGCAGAAGUACAACGUCCACUCCAACUUGCCCGACGGCAUCAAGAUGAAACCCGCCUGCGUAGCGGUCCCACCGGACACCUAUCCCCUGGCGUUCACGCAACGAACCCACUAAAUCACCCCCU